CAAGUGGAGGCUGGGCACCAAUUAAGAGCUCUGUCAUGGGGAAUUGCUGGUAGCAGAAGAGAUUUUUAUUUGAUUGAAGGUAAGCAGAACCUUUGCUCUUUGGCUGUGAGAUAUCAGUUUCCACCUAUCCUCAACACUGGAGCACCAGAUUUGGAGUUAAACGUACUCUAAAAUCCUAGUCCUAGCACUUAUUGACUAGGUAACCUUCUACAAGUCUCUUGUCCCGUCUGUGACUGUUCACUUUUUGGUAAAAUUGAGAUAACUUUAUCUCUUUGUAGGGUCACUGUGAGAAUCAGAUGUUCAGGGAGUUAUCACCAUGCUUUGAUGGUAGCUACUAACAGCAAGGGUAGCUCAUGGUCACUAGACUAUCAUAAACCCCUUUCAAAGGACCUCCCAACUCCUUCCCCAGCUCCUAACACAAUGCUGGCACUUUGGGGCUCAAGAAAGGAAUAAAUGCGUAGACCAAUGCAUGAAUAUUUCAGAAGGAAAAGGAGUAGGAGAAAAAUAAUGAGAGUGGAAAAGACAGAGAACAAAGAGGGAAAGGGAAACAAAGAGUCACUAAGAAAGGUGUAAUCUAAAGAGAUUCAGCGAUAUAGCAGAGAAAGGAAAGGAAUGAAAUGCCAAGAUAAUGACAAAGUUAGAAAUGUAGAAAAUUAAUUAGGAUGACACAUGAUGGAUGAAUAAGAAACAAUUGGCUAUUGUUUAAGGUUACAUGCAAAGAAUUUUAUAUUACAAAGAAAACAAAGGAGGGGGCGGCAGCCAAUGAGCAUGAGGUUUCUUUUGGGAGUAAUGAAAUAUUCUGGAAGUAAAUGGUGUUGGUUGCACAACUUGUGAAUAUACUUUAAACCACUAAAUUACACACUUCAAAAGGGCAAAUUUUAUGGUAUGUUAAAUACAUCUCAAAAAAUGAAAGCGAAGGCAUAAUUAAAAAUUUAGAGGCUGGGCACGGUGACUCAUGCCUGUAAUCCCAGCACUUUGGGAGGCCGAGGCAGGCAGAUCACCUGAGGUCAGGAGUCUGAGACCAGCCUGGCCAAAUGGCGAAACCCCAUCUCUACUAAAAAUACAAAAAUUAGCUAGGCAUCGUCUUGAGUGCCUGUAAUCCCUGCUACUUGGGAGGCUGAGGCAGGAGAAUAGCUUGAGCCCAGGAGGUGGAGGAUGCAGUGAGCAGAGAUUGUGCCAUUGCACUCCAGCCUGGGCUAUAAAACGUGACUCUGUCUAAAAAAAAAAAAAAAAAUUAGAAUGGUGGUGACAUCUUGAGGGGUGACAAAUUGAGAAAAUUGAGAGAGCAGGGAGGGGCACACAGAAGCUUCUAAGAUACUUGAAACAUUUGCUCAGUUCCUUAACCUAGUUGUUUAAAUACGUAACAAUAUUUGAAAAUUAAAAAUAUAUUUUAAGCGAGAAAAGAAUAAUGGGAGAAAGAGGAAGAAGACAGAGACAACGGCAGAGAGUCCUGGAAAAAAGGGAGAUGUGAUAGAGCUUAAUACAAGAUGGGGACCCUGUAAGAGGAAGACACUCCUGCCAUCCUCUGAGCUCCAUGGCAUGUUUGUGGGGUGGCCCACCGUCUCAUCUGCUCCCCUCAUGGCUUCCUAAGGUCCUGUAAGACCCUGAGUCCUUGUCUCUGACCUGCCAGAGUGGCUUCAGUCUCCCACCCCCAGCCCUCAGCUGACCUUCUAUGCCCCAAUACAUCUCUAUUUUAAGGAAAAAGUCCAGUCACCUCCUCUAGGAAGCUUUCCCUGAUAUACCCAACCAAAUUGGUCAGUCAUCCUACAGAACCUUUACUCUCAUUCACCCCGUACAUUGGUGUUACUGGCCUUUAAAUUUUGGACUCUCUUUUUGGUGGUGUCUGAAAGACUACAGGAUUUAGGGAGAGUGAUUCUUGGAGUCUUUCUGAUAAUGUUCCUGUGAACCCUGGUGAUUUUAACAUGCUUGUGGCCACUCUUGCCUCCUACUUGUAAGCUACUCAUGGCAAGGACGAAGCAUGUGGACCAAUUUCCACCCCUCCCUGCAAGUCAGUUGGUUCAGAAACUUAGGUUGCUAAAAAGGCCAGGGCAACCAACCUGAUCUCUCUAUAAGUAGGGAUAUCUUAAAACAAAACAAAAUCUCUCUCAUAGAUAAAACACUGUCUCUGAUAAGCUUACUUGCAAAUGAAAAAAUACAAAAUAAAUGGAAUGUACAGAGUUCUAUAAAAUUCAUUCAACCAAUAGAGCAAUAAUUGAGCCUACAGAGACAACUUAUCAGAAAAUUCAUUCAAUAUACCUUACGAGAUCAUCCAAUAAAUAAGAGACAACUCUAAACAGCAUUCAGAACAUAGUGGCACUCAAUAAAUUUCCCCUGAAUGAAUGAAUUAAUGAAUUAAUGCAUAUUUUAAUCAGCCUCCUUUGCCCUCACCCAGGAAGUCAGAGGCACCAGUGUGAGUAUCCAUCCGCUGUCCAGUACAUUCAUGGAUUCCUCACUCUCACUAGACAAUGUUUGACCAGGAAGAACAGGGAACGAGAAGGAGCUGCUGGAUGGUGAUGAGCCUUGGAAAGGGAGGCUGGGCGAGCAGAGACAGAAGAGAAACACUCACCUACUGGGACCUCACAAACACCCAGGCUGAGUUUUGAUAAGACAGGUUGAAUCACACUGGGGUGACAGCCUCAUCCCUCCAGGUACAAACAAGAACAGGCCAUGGUUAACCAAAGCUCUGCACCAGGCUUCCUCCUUCUGGGCUUCUCUGAACACCCAGGGCUGGAAAGGACUCUCUUCGUGGUUGUCUUCACUUCCUACCUCCUAACCCUAGUGGGCAACACACUCAUCAUCCUGCUGUCUGUGCUGGACCCCAAGCUCCACUCUCCAAUGUACUUUUUCCUCUCCAACCUCUCCUUCUUGGACCUCUGUUUCACCACGAGUUGUGUUCCCCAAAUGCUGGUCAACCUCUGGGGUCCAAAGAAGACCAUCAGCUUCCUGGGCUGCUCUGUCCAGCUCUUCAUCUUCCUGUCCCUGGGGACCACUGAGUGCAUCCUCCUGACAGUGAUGGCCUUUGACCGAUACGUGGCUGUCUGCCAGCCCCUCCACUAUGCCACCAUCAUCCACCCCCGGCUGUGCUGGCAGCUGGCAUCUGUGGCCUGGGUCAUUGGUCUAGUGGAGUCAGUGGUCCAGACACCAUCCACCCUGCGCCUGCCCUUCUGCCCCCAUCGGCAGGUGGAUGAUUUUGUCUGUGAGGUCCCAGCUUUAAUUCGACUCUCCUGUGGGGACACCUCCUACAAUGAGAUCCAGAUGGCUGUUGCCAGUGUCUUCAUCUUGGUUGUGCCUCUCAGCCUCAUCCUUGUCUCUUACGGAGCCAUUACCCGGGCAGUGCUGAGGAUUAACUCUGCGAAAGGGCGGAGGAAAGCUUUUGGGACCUGCUCCUCCCAUCUCACUGUGGUCACCCUCUUCUACAGCUCAGUCAUUGCUGUCUACCUCCAGCCCAAAAAUCCCUAUGCCCAAGAGAGGGGCAAGUUCUUUGGUCUCUUCUAUGCAGUGGGCACUCCUUCACUUAACCCUCUCAUAUACACCCUGAGGAACAAGGAGGUAACCAGGGCAUUCAGGAGAUUGCUGGAGAAGGAAAUGGGGCUCACACAAAGCUGAGGGAGAGCUGCUUAAUGUGCUUUAAAAGACAGGAGAUUCUAUGUGCUUUUAUCAGAAAGUUUGAGUUCCCUGCCCCUCUGCCUUCUUCACACCCAUUACAUUGUGGGAAUGGAUGAAAGUCACAUGUCUGUGUGUGUGCAUGUAUGUGUACAAGAGACAGCGUCUGAAAUGUAGUAAAGGGAGGUAUCUUUAUGCGAAAAAUUAUAGGCAUCAAGUAUAUUUUAUUUUUUUUCUACUUUAAGUCUUCGCCUCCAUAGUCAUGUUCCUACCUUCAUCACUUCCAUUUUUAAUUCCCCUCCCUUGCCAUAUCCCCACUAUUCCUUCACCUCCAAUUCUAAUUCCUACCAUAUCUUCUUUGCUUCUCCCUCAUGUUUUUCCCACUUCACUAUAUGUCUGCUUUGUAUUCUCAUUCUAUUGUAUUCCUCAAAUAACAGCAAAAGAGAAGGGGAAGCUGAAGCCCAGGUAAGUUCAGAAACUCACCCAAGAACACACAGUGUCCACAGCAUCAGAACUAAAAUCCAGGCCCCAUAAUUUUCAGUCAGGCAACUCUCAAAUACACACUGUUGCUUUCACACCAUAAUCAAAUACCCCAGUAUUUCAGGCUUGAGCCUUACAAAGGAAACUUAGCUUCUUCAGUCCUAUCUCUUCUCUUACAAUGCCCACAAAUCGCAGGUAAAGGAGCAGCCAAAAAGACUCAAAAAUAUCUUCAUGUUUAGGCUGGCACAUUGUGGACCUUGGUGUCAUCUACCGGCCAAAUAUGGUAUUGCAUGUGACAUCCCAGACUUCUGCUCCAGGGUCAUCCGAACUGUACUUGGCUCAAAGACAUAGAUAUUGUUAUGACACUAUAAGCAUUUAUGUAAUUGUUAUGUUAACCCAAGUAACACUUAAAGUACAGAUGCUCCUUGACUUAUGAUGAUGUUACCUCCCGAAAAACCUAUCAUAUACUGAAAAUAUUGUAAGUUGAAUAUGCAUUUCAUACACCUAACCUACCAAACAUCAUAGCUUAGCCUAGCCUACCUUAAACAUACUCAGAACACUUACAUUAGCCUACAGUUCAGCAAAAUCCUCAAUACAAAGUCUAUUUUAUAAUAAAGUUUUGAAUAUCUCAUGUAAUUUACUGAAUACUGUACUGAAAGUGAAAAACAGAAUGGUUAUAUUGGUACUCAAAGUACGGUUUCUACUGAAUGUAUCUCUUUUGCAUUAUUAUAAAGUCAAAAAUGGUCAAAGUCAGGAACCCCCUGCAAUUUACACAUAUUGACUUAUUUAAUCCUUAUAACAACACUAUGAAGCAGAUAAUAUUAUUAUCCUUUUUCAGAGGUAAAAACUAAAACACAGAAUUUAUGUUACCACUUGCAAAUGUGCAAGACAGGAUUUGAACCCAGGAAAACUGGCUCCAGACUCCUUGCUCUUAACCUUGCCUUUUGGUAAAAAUAAUGCCUCCCAGGCCCAGGUGAAAAGCUUCAACUUCUCAACAAGCUUUGAGGAAAUCAUUUCAAUCUAAAACUAUAUCUAAAUGAUCCCCCAGCCGAAGGGGUUUCACUUCCUUAAAAUAAGAGUUUUUCAAAUACUUCAAAGCAUAAGAAACAACAGAACAAUAAAACUUAUGGAAAAAGU